AACCUGUUCCCUUCCUCUUCUCCACUUCAACGAUUUCACUUCUAAGAAGAUGGGAACCUUUAAAGGGAUCCCAUUGUGGAUCCUUUUAGUCCUCUUGGGCCCGUUGAAUGCUCAGAUGCAGUAUGGAGACUACAAUGUAGAUGAGACAGUUGAUUACACUUUUGAAGACAGCACCCAACAACAACAACAGAACAUUGUAGUAACCGGUCCUCCAAGAAUAUCCAUCAUACAAGCUGUGCCUACCACCCCGGUUGUAAAAGCAAUCAACACAGCUCACAAUGGUAAAGUCUGCAGCACUUGGGGGAACUUCCACUUCAAAAAUUUUGAUGGUGAUGUGUUCUACUUCCCGGGAACCUGCAACUACGUUUACUCAUCCCACUGCAAAAGUUCAUAUGAAGACUUUAACAUCCAAAUCCGACGUUCAGUCAUUAAUAAUGUCCCUGUUAUUGAAAAGAUCACCAUGAAAAUUGAUGGACUUGUAGUACAAAUUGACAGCAGCAAUGUGCAAGUCAAUGGAGAGGUAGUGCAAUUGCCUUAUGGUGGUGGUGGGGUUCAGAUUGAAAAGAAUGGAGUGUAUCUAAAAGUGAGCUCCAAGCUUGGAUUGGUCUUCAUGUGGAACGAAGAUGAUAGCCUACUGCUUGAACUUGAUCAGAAGUAUGCCAAUCAAACCUGUGGGCUGUGUGGAGACUACAACAGCAUCUCCAUCAACAAUGAGUUCAUUUCUAAUGGUGUCCAGAUCACAGAAACUCAAUUUGGAAACCUGCAGAAAAUGGAUGGACCUACAGAGCAAUGCCUGGAUGUUCCACCACAACCCAAAAGCAAUUGCACAGACUAUGAAAACAUUUGUGAGGGAAUCUUGAUGGGAGCAGCCUUUUCAAAUUGCCGCUCUUUGGUGGAUGUUGAUCAAUAUAUUGAGACUUGUGUGAAAGACCUUUGUCUCUGCAACAGCAAUGUCACCACUCUCUGUUUGUGUGAUACAUUUGCUGAAUACUCAAGACAAUGUGCCCAUGCUGGAGGUCAACCACAGAAUUGGAGAUCACCCGAUUUGUGCCCUAAAAAGUGUCCUUAUAACAUGGUGUACCAAGAAUGCGGCUCACCUUGUGCUGAUACCUGCACAAACCCAGAAAGAGGUGUCCUUUGUGAAGAUCACUGUUUAGAAGGCUGUUUCUGUCCACCAGGGACUGUAUUUGAUGACAUCAGUAAUGCAGGCUGUGUUCCAAUUGAGAAAUGCUCAUGUACAUUCAACAGUGAUACCUAUACUGCAGGGACAGCUUACUCCACAUCUUGCAGCACCUGUGUCUGUUCGGCUGGAAAGUGGGACUGCCAGAACAUGCCUUGCCCAGCAUCCUGCUCCAUUCAAGGGGGGUCUCACAUUACAACUUAUGAUCAAACUCACUACAAUGUUUUUGGAGACUGUUAUUAUGUGCUAUCUAAGGUCUGCAGUGGUUACGAUUUUACAGUUCUGGCAGAACUGCGUAAAUGUGGCCUUACAGAGAGUGAGACUUGCCUUAAAAGUGCCACUGUUAUGCUUAAUGGAGGAGAAACUAUUGUCGUUAUCAAACCAUGCGGCAGUGUGUAUGUUAACAACAUCUACACCCAGCUGCCUUUAUCUGCAGCCAACGUUACCGUCUUCAGACCAUCCUCAUUCUACAUUGUUGUCGAGACUACUUUGGGUGUCCAGAUAGUGGCUCAACUCAUUCCUUUCAUGCAGGUCUAUGUCAUCCUAGACCCCUCUUUCAAGACCAAGACAUGCGGUCUCUGUGGAAACUUUAAUGACAAACAGACAGAUGAUUUCCAGACCAUUAAUGGUGUAAUAGAGGGAACUGCUGCAUCCUUUGCCAAUACUUGGAAAACCCAAGCAUCCUGUCCCAAUGUCAAGAAUGUAUAUGAAAAUCCAUGUUCUCUCAGUGUCGAAAAUGAGAAAUAUGCCCAGCACUGGUGUGGACUUAUAGCUGAUCCAUCAGGUCCAUUUGUGGCUUGUCAUUCCCAAGUUAAUGCUGAAAUCUAUACUCAAAACUGUAUGUUUGAUACCUGCAAUUGUGAGAAAACUGAAGACUGCAUGUGCGCUGCUCUAUCCUCAUACGUUCAUGCAUGCGCUGCCAAAGGAAUCAUACUAACCGGAUGGAGAUCCAAUGUCUGCUCCAAAUACAUGAACACCUGCCCUAAAACCUUGAACUACACCUACUCUGUUACAACUUGCCAACCAACAUGUCGCUCACUUAGUGAACCUGAUGUUACCUGCAAUGUAAAAUUUGUUCCUGUGGAUGGCUGUACCUGCACUAAGGGCUACUACAUGGAUGACAGUGGGAAAUGUGUACCGGCUGCUGCUUGCCCAUGUUACUACCGGGGCUCUGCGGUACCUUCAGGAGAAGUUGUGCAUGACAAUGGAAUUCAGUGCACCUGUACUCAAGGAAAAUUAAGCUGUAUUGGAAGUCCUGUACCAGCAUGCUCUGCUCCAAUGGUUUAUUUUGAUUGUAAAAAUUCUUCAUACGGCAGCCGGGGAGCUGAAUGUCAGAAGAGUUGUCAGACUUUGGAUAUGGAAUGUUAUAGUACCAAAUGUGUCUCUGGAUGUGUGUGUCCUCAAGGGCUGGUGUCAGAUGGGGAAGGGAAAUGCAUUGCAGAAGAUCAGUGUCCAUGCAUUCACAAUGAUGCCACCUAUCAACCAGGGGAAAAAAUCAAAAUAAAAUGCAACACCUGUACUUGCAAAGACAGGAUGUGGCAAUGUACCAGUGAGCCAUGCCUUGCAACCUGUGCUGUCUAUGGCGAUGGGCACUAUAUUACCUUUGAUGGGAAACGUUAUACCUUUAAUGGAGACUGUGAAUAUACCCUCGCUCAGGAUCACUGUGGUAAAGGUGGGAACAGUAGCACUUUCCGAGUUAUCACUGAAAACAUUCCUUGUGGAACCACUGGUACAACAUGUUCUAAGGCAAUCAAGGUCUUCCUUGGAAGCUAUGAGAUAAUCCUCACUGAUGAGAAAAUUGAAGUGGUAGAAAGAGGCAUUGGAGGAGAGGUUCCCUACAAGGUCAGACACAUGGGUAUCUAUCUUGUCAUUGAGGCUGACAAUGGACUUAUCCUAAUGUGGGACAAAAGGACAAGCAUCUUUAUCAAGCUCAGUAAAGAUUUUGAGGGGACUGUGUGUGGUCUCUGUGGUAAUUAUGAUGGAGAUGGCAACAAUGACUUUACUACCAGGAGUAUGUCUGUGGUUGGAGAUGUAACUGAGUUUGGCAACAGCUGGAAACUCUCGCCAACAUGCCCUGAUGCCAAUGUACCCAAAGAUGCAUGCUCAGCUAACCCAUACAGGAAAUCAUGGGCUCAGAAACAGUGCAGUAUCAUCAACAGUCCAGCAUUUUCUGCCUGCCACCCUCAUGUUGAUCCAUCAGUGUACUAUGAUGCUUGUGUUACUGACUCGUGUGCUUGUGACACUGGUGGAGACUGUGAGUGUUUCUGUACAGCUGUUUCUGCCUAUGCUCAAGUAUGUGGAGAAUAUGGAAUCUGCGUUUCCUGGAGGACUCCAUCUAUCUGCCCUGUGUUCUGUGAUUACUACAAUCCUGAAGGAGAAUGUGAAUGGCAUUACAAACCAUGUGGAUCUCCAUGCUUGAAGACCUGCAGAAAUCCAAGUGGGAAAUGUCUCCAUGAGCUCUCAGGUUUGGAAGGUUGUUAUCCCAGUUGUCCAGCAGAUAAACCCUUCUUUGAUGAGGAUGACAUGGAAUGUGUUGCUCAGUGUGGAUGUUAUGAUAAUGAAGGGACUCACUACAAAAUUGGUGCUCCAGUGGCCACCACGGAGAACUGUCAAUCCUGUUCAUGCACACUGUCUGGCAUUGUCUGCGAGUACGAUAAAGAAGCUUGUUACUGUGAAUACCAUGGUGAAAUGUACAAAUACAAUGAUGUUAUUUACAACACCACGGAUGGCAUUGGAGGUUGCAUUACUGCUAUAUGCAAGGAAAAUGGUACAAUCUACCGAGAUAUCUAUGAAUGUACUACUACUGCUAGACCAUUCACUACACCAUUCACGUUUACAACCACUCCUUCCACAACAAAAAAAGAAACUACUACUCCUAUCACUACAAUCUGCGUUAAAGAGGAAUGCAAAUGGUCAAUUUGGUAUGAUGUCAGCUACCCAAAGUCUACUAUUGAUGGUGGAGAUUUUGAGACAUACACAAAUAUAAGGGCCAAAGGAUAUUCUGUCUGCAGCCAUCCACAAGAAAUACAAUGCAGAGCUGAACGAUUCCCUGACACUCCUCUGAAUGAGCUAGAGCAGAAUGUGCAAUGCAAUGCUUCAUUUGGACUGCUAUGUUACAACAAGGAGCAAUUCCCACCUAUCUGUUACAACUACGAGAUAAGAGUAAAAUGUUGUAGCUUUGUGCCUUGUGACACUGUUUCUACAACUGUUGCCACUACAACGGAACGAUCAACUACCACUGCCAGUACUACAGCACCUACAACUAGUAAAGAGAUCACCACAACUGCCACUGCCAGUACUACAGCACCUACAACUAGUAAAGAGAUCACCACAACUGCCACUGCCAGUACUACAGCACCUACAACCAGUAAAGAGGUCACCACAACUGCCACACAUCCAACAACAACUGAAGGAACAGAAGCAUCGUCCCCUGCAUCUACACCUAUAGUGACUACAAUUUCCCCAACUACAACCAUCUGCAAACCAAUAUGCAAGUGGACAAAUUGGCUUGAUGUACAUUUGCCUGCAGUUGGAAAGAGUGAGGGUGAUUUUGAGACCUAUGAAAAUAUCCGUCGUGCAGGGAAGCACAUUUGUGAAAAGCCUGAUGGUAUUCAGUGCAGAGCAGAAAAAUAUCCAGAUGAACCAAUUGGCAAGAUUGGCCAAAUUGUACAGUGCAACCUUACUGUUGGAUUAGUGUGCAAAAAUGAAGACCAAACAGGAGAUUUUAAGGUUUGUCUUAAUUAUCAGGUGAAAGUUCUCUGUUGUGAUGACAGUCACUGUUUACAUUCUACAACUAAACCUCCUACAACAACUCAAGAAACUACAAGCCCUACAACUAUAGAAACAACCACCGCCUCUACUAUUCAUACAACUACAUCUACUACCCCUCCUACUACAGAAGUAACAACAUCAGAAACAACAUCUAUUUCUACAACUCCUGUACCAACAACAAAGGAAACUACUGCCUCCACCACCAUAGAAACAACAAGUGCAGAAAUCCCUACAACUACAUCAGAGAUUACAACUGUUAGUACUACAGAAACAACAACUGUUACAGCUUCAACUCCUAACAUUACAACAAUCUCAACCACUACAUCCCCAACAACUACAGAAACAUCCACAGCCACUACAACUCAAAUUCCUUCCACAACCACAACCACAACACCUUCAACUACUACAGAAACAACAACUACUACAGAAACAACCACUGCCACUACAACUCCAAUUCCUUCCACAACCACAACCUCAACCACAACACCGUCAACUACUACAGAAACAACAACUACUACAGAAACAACCACUGCCACUACAACUCCAAUUCCUUCCACGACAACAACCUCAACCACAACACCUUCAACUACUACAGAAACAACAACUACUACAGAAACAACCACUGCCACUACAACUCCAAUUCCUUCCACAACAACAACCUCAACCACAACACCUUCAACUACUACAGAAACAACAACUGCUACAGAAACAACCACUGCCACUACAACUCCAAUUCCUUCCACGACAACAACCUCAACCACAACACCUUCAACUACUACAGAAACAACAACUGCUACAGAAACAACCACUGCCACCACAACUCCAAUUCCUUCCACAACAACAACCUCAACCACAACACCUUCAACUACUACAGAAACAACAACUACUACAGAAACAACCACUGCCACUACAACUCCAAUUCCUUCCACAACAACAACCUCAGCCACAACACCUUCAACUACUACAGAAACAACAACUACUACAGAAACAACCACUGCCACCACAACUCCAAUUCCUUCCACGACAACAACCUCAACCACAACACCUUCAACUACUACAGAAACAACAACUACUACAGAAACAACCACUGCCACUACAACUCCAAUUCCUUCCACAACAACAACCUCAACCACAACACCUUCAACUACUACAGAAACAACAACUACUACAGAAACAACCACUGCCACCACAACUCCAAUUCCUUCCACGACAACAACCUCAACCACAACACCUUCAACUACUACAGAAACAACAACUACUACAGAAACAACCACUGCCACCACAACUCCAAUUCCUUCCACGACAACAACCUCAACCACAACACCUUCAACUACUACAGAAACAACAACUACUACAGAAACAACCACUGCCACUACAACUCCAAUUCCUUCCACAACAACAACCUCAACCACAACACCUUCAACUACUACAGAAACAACAACUACUACAGAAACAACCACUGCCACCACAACUCCAAUUCCUUCCACGACAACAACCUCAACCACAACACCUUCAACUACUACAGAAACAACAACUACUACAGAAACAACCACUGCCACUACAACUCCAAUUCCUUCCACAACAACAACCUCAACCACAACACCUUCAACUACUACAGAAACAACAACUACUACAGAAACAACCACUGCCACCACAACUCCAAUUCCUUCCACGACAACAACCUCAACCACAACACCUUCAACUACUACAGAAACAACAACUACUACAGAAACAACCACUGCCACUACAACUCCAAUUCCUUUAACAACAACAACCUCAACUACAACAGCUUCAACUACGCCAGAAACAACAACUACUACAGAAACAACCACUGCCACCACGACUCCAAUUCCUUCAACAACAACCUCAACCACAACAGCUUCAACUACACCAGAAACAACUACUACAGAAACAACCACUGCCACCACAACUCCAAUUCCUCCCACAACAACAACUUCAACCACAACACCUACUACAGAAAUAACUACCAUAAUAGAGACAACAACGGAUAUGACAACUCCACCUCUUACCACAACACCUACUCCUACCUCGACUAUUUCAGAAAUAAGUUCCACUACACCUCCAACUACUACAGAAACAAGUCCCACUACAGCUCCACCUACCACAGAAACAACAACUAUUACAGAAACAACAAGAAGUACCACAACAGAAACUACAACAAGUUCACAGACCACCACAACUGAACCAGUAUUAACUAAAAAAUAUACAACAACAACACCUCAUGCAACAGGCCAGGAGCUUCAAACUACUACACCUCUGCCCUCCACAGCAACACAAACCGAAUGUCAGCCACAAUGCAAGUGGACUACAUGGAUUGAUGUGAAUUCACCAACUACAGGAACAAAUGGGGGAGACAUUGAAAGCUUCCAGAACAUUCUUUCUAAAGGAAAACAUAUUUGCAAGAACCCUCAAAAUAUUGAAUGCAGGGCUGAAGAUUUCCCUGGUAUCAGUAUUGAUAAUGUUGGACAGAUUGUUAAAUGUGAUGUCACUGUCGGCUUAGUCUGCAACAAUAAAGACCAGACUGGGAAAGUAAAACAAUGCUUAAAUUAUCAAAUCAAAGUUUUGUGCUGUGAUGACUACAGUCAUUGCAGUACUACACCUCCACUUACAACCACAUCAAAACCUACUCCUACGGAAACUUCUACUACAACUCUAGUAUCUACAACCACAACAUUCUUAACCACAACACCUACAACAACUACAGAAAAAACCACAACUAUUACAGAAACAACCAUACCUACCACUACUCCAAUACUUACCACAACACCAAUCCCAACCACAACAACUUCAACUACCACAGAAACAACUACCGCUACGGAAACAACCACUGCUACCACAACUCCAGUUCCUUCUACUACAACAAUUUCAACCACUACUUCUAGGUCUACCGAAACUCCAACAACAACCGAAUGUCAGCCACAAUGCAAGUGGACUACAUGGAUUGAUGUGGAUUCACCAACUAUAGGAACAAAUGGGGGAGACAUUGAAAGCUACCAAAACAUUCUUUCUAAAGGGAAACAUAUUUGCAAGAACCCUCAAAAUAUCGAGUGCAGGGCUGAAGAUUUCCCUGGUAUCAGUAUUGAUAAUGUUGGACAGAUUGUUAAAUGUGAUGUCACUGUCGGCUUAGUCUGCAAAAAUAAAGACCAGACUGGGAAAGUAAAACAAUGCUUAAAUUAUCAAAUCAAAGUUUUGUGCUGUGAUGACUACAGUCAUUGCAGUACUACACCUCCACUUACAACCACAACAAAACCUACUUCUACGGAAACUUCUCCUACAACUCCAGUAUCUACAACCACAACAUUCUCAACCACACCACCUACAACAACUACAGAAGAAACCACAACUAUUACAGAAACAACCAUACCUACCACUACUCCAAUACUUACCACAACACCAAUCCCAACCACAACAACUUCAACUACCACAGAAACAACUACCACUACGGAAACAUCCACUGCUACCACAACUCCAGUUCCUUCUACUACAACAAUUUCAACCACUACUUCCAGGUCUACCGAAACUCCAACAACAACCGUAUGUCAGCCACAAUGCAAGUGGACUACAUGGAUUGAUGUGAAUUCACCAACUACAGGAACAAAUGGGGGAGACAUUGAAAGCUACCAGAACAUUCUUUCUAAAGGAAAACAUAUUUGCAAGAACCCUCAAAAUAUUGAAUGCAGGGCUGAAGAUUUCCCUGGUAUCAGUAUUGAUAAUGUUGGACAGAUUGUUAAAUGUGAUGUCACUGUCGGCUUAGUCUGCAACAAUAAAGACCAGACUGGGAAAGUAAAACAAUGCUUAAAUUAUCAAAUCAAAGUUUUGUGCUGUGAUGACUACAGUCAUUGCAGUACUACACCUCCACUUACAACCACAUCAAUACCUACUCCUACGGAAACUUCUACUACAACUCCAGUAUCUACAACCACAACAUUCUUAACCACAACACCUACAACAACUACAGAAAAAACAACUACUAUUACAGAAACAACCAUACCUACCACUACUCCAAUACUUACCACAACACCAAUCCCAACCACAACAACUUCAACUACCACAGAAACAACUACCACUACGGAAACAACCACUGCUACCACAACUCCAGUUCCUUCUACUACAACAAUUUCAACCACUACUUCCAGGUCUACCGAAACUCCAACAACAACCGUAUGUCAGCCACAAUGCAAGUGGACUACAUGGAUUGAUGUGAAUUCACCAACUACAGGAAUAAAUGGGGGAGACAUUGAAAGCUACCAGAACAUUCUUUCUAAAGGAAAACAUAUUUGCAAGAACCCUCAAAAUAUUGAAUGCAGGGCUGAAGAUUUCCCUGGUAUCAGUAUUGAUAAUGUUGGACAGAUUGUUAAAUGUGAUGUCACUGUCGGCUUAGUCUGCAACAAUAAAGACCAGACUGGGAAAGUAAAACAAUGCUUAAAUUAUCAAAUCAAAGUUUUGUGCUGUGAUGACUACAGUCAUUGCAGUACUACACCUCCACUUACAACCACAACAAAACCUACUUCUACGGAAACUUCUCCUACAACUCCAGUAUCUACAACCACAACAUUCUCAACCACACCACCUACAACAACUACAGAAGAAACCACAACUAUUACAGAAACAACCAUACCUACCACUACUCCAAUACUUACCACAACACCAAUCCCAACCACAACAACUUCAACUACCACAGAAACAACUACCACUACGGAAACAACCACUGCUACCACAACUCCAGUUCCUUCUACUACAACAAUUUCAACCACUACUUCUAGGUCUACCGAAACUCCAACAACAACUGAAUGUCAGCCACAGUGCAAGUGGACUACAUGGAUUGAUGUGGAUUCACCAACUACAGGAACAAAUGGGGGAGACAUUGAAAGCUACCAGAACAUUCUUUCUAAAGGGAAACAUAUUUGCAAGAACCCUCAAAAUAUUGAAUGCAGGGCUGAAGAUUUCCCUGGUAUCAGUAUUGAUAAUGUUGGACAGAUUGUUAAAUGUGAUGUCACUGUCGGCUUAGUCUGCAAAAAUAAAGACCAGACUGGGAAAGUAAAACAAUGCUUAAAUUAUCAAAUCAAAGUUUUGUGCUGUGAUGACUACAGUCAUUGUAGUACUACAUCUCAACCUUCAACCACUACCACAAGUACAACUAUCUCAACUACUACAAUUCCAACAACCACAUCACCAACUACUACAGAAACAUCAACUACAACAUCAAAACCAACAACUACUACAGAAACAACAACUAAACAUAUAAUAACUUCAACGCCUGAAACCACAACUGAAUCUACCACCAAGGAGCAGUUAACAACUACAACACAUCCAACUACACUAGAAACUACUAAAUUGACUACUACCAUUGCAGAAACAACUUCCUUAUCAGUUGAUACAACAGCAUGCCAGCCAAAAUGCAGAUGGUCAGCAUGGUAUGAUGUUGAUCACCCAUCCUCUGGAAUUAAGGGAGGCGAUAGUGAGACUUAUGAGAACAUAAUCUCAGAUGGAAAACCAAUGUGCAAGAAACCAUCUCAAAUUCAGUGUAGAGCUGUGAACUUUCCAGAUAUAAAUAUUGAAAAAAUUGGACAAAAUGUCCAGUGUGAUGUGAACUUUGGUUUAAUAUGCAAAAAUGAAGAGCAAGAUGGAGAAUUUAAAAUGUGCUAUAAUUAUGAGAUCAGAGUCCUCUGCUGUGAUGAUUACAGUCACUGUGAAACUUCCUCUCCGACCACCAUUCCAACUACAACAUCACCAACCACCACUGUAAAAGAAACUACAACAACAGUUGGGACAACAUCUCCUACAACCUCAGAAACAACAACACCAUAUAGUUCAACUACUUUACAUUGCUACUGCCACGUUGAUGACUCGUUCUUCUUACCAGGGGAAGUUAUAUACAAUAAGACCGAUGAAGCUGGAUGCCAUUUCUAUGCCAUCUGCAAUGAAGAAUGUAAACCUGAUAGGUUCCAGGGACCAUGUCCAACGACAACUCUUUCACCUCCCACUUUCACCACUCCAGUGUCAACAACAUCCACAACUACUACUAAGUCUACAACACCAAAGACACUGCCAACAACCACACAUCAGACAUCAACUACCGUCAAGACUACAACCCCAGUUGAAGGUUGUCCGCCCAGACAUACAAAUGAAACCUGGUUGAUAAACAACUGCACAGUUGCCACAUGCCAAGGGAACAAUGUUGUCACAAUUGAGCCAGUUUCAUGUCCACCAGUAGAAACAUUGACCUGUACAAAUGGCUUCCCACCUGUCAAGGUGUUCAGUUCUGAUGGAUGUUGUUACCAUUAUGAAUGCCAAUGUGUCUGCAGUGGUUGGGGAGAUCCUCAUUACAUCACAUUUGAUGGAACCUACUACACUUUCCUAGACAACUGCACUUAUGUUCUUGUACAACAGAUUACCCCCAAAUUUGACAACUUCCGUGUUCUUGUGGAUAAUUACUUCUGUGAUGCUGAGGAUGGUUUGUCUUGCCCUCAGUCUAUUCUUGUUUACUACAAUUCCAAUGAAGUAAUUCUAACUCGUACUCUAUACAAUGGAAGGAUGACCAACAGAAUUAGAUUCAAUGAAAAUUGGGUAACCCCUGGAUUCACCAAGAAUGGUAUUUCUGUCACCAGCGCUGGUAUCAACAUGAUUGUUGAGAUUCCAGCAAUCAGAGCCUACAUCUCAUUUAGUGGAUUGAUCUUUGCAAUCAAACUACCAUUCAGUUUAUUUGGUUACAACACAGAAGGGCAGUGUGGCACAUGCUCCAACAAUGUCACUGAAGAUUGCAGACUGCCUAAUGGUAGAAUUAUCUCUGAUUGUUCUCAAAUGGCUAACCACUGGAAGGUUAAUGUGACUGAUAAACCAUAUUGCAAUGUACAACCUCCAAAGCCCACUCCACUGCCUGGCACAACAACAACACCACCACCAGUGUGUAAACCUUCCAGUCUAUGUGAUGUGAUCUUAAGCGAUGUCUUUGCUGAAUGCCACAAGAUAAUACCACCAAAGCCUUAUCAUGAAGGAUGUGUCUUUGACGCCUGUCGUAUUACCAAUGAUUCAGUGGCAUGCUCUAGUUUAGAGAUCUAUGCCUCCUUGUGCACUGCUAAUGGAGUUUGUGUGGACUGGAGACCGAAGACAGCAGGCCAUUGCCCAUUCAAUUGUCCAUCUGGAAAGAUAUACAAUGCCUGUGGACCAAUAUAUGCCCCUACUUGUGAAAACAGGGAGGUACCAAAUGACAGCAAUGGGCUCACAGAAGGUUGCUACUGUCCAUCUGGGACUAAGUUGUUCAACUCUUACACUGAUGUCUGUGUUGCAAGUUGCUCUUGUGUUGGACCUGAUGGAAUGCCCAAGAAGCCUGCAGAAACAUGGACAAGCAACUGCCAACAAUGUGUCUGUGAGGCCACCUCACUCACUGUACAGUGCAAACCAGUGCAAUGUGCUGAACCUGCAACCAUCACCUGUGAUAAAGAAGGGUACAUUGUGGUACAGCUACCAGACCCAAAUCAGCCAUGCUGUAUGAUAAAUGAAUGCCGCUGCAAUAGCACGUAUUGCUUGAAUGAGGUGAAAAACUGUCCUCUUGGAUUUGAAGCCGUUCCAAUUCUUUUGGAGGGAGAUUGCUGUCCAAUAUAUGACUGCAAACCUAUGGAAGUCUGUGUAUUUCAUGAAGCCAUAUACCAGCCUGGGAAACCAAUUCCACAAGACAAAGAAUCUUGUGAAGAAUGUAUUUGUACAGAGGAAAAAGAUGCUAAAACCAUGCUAAAUAUGAUCGCAUGUAACACAGUCACCUGCAAUAAAGAGUGCGAUCCGGGUUACUUGUACAAGGAUAUCGAAGGCCAGUGUUGCGGAGGAUGUCCACAGGUGGCAUGUAUCAUGAAGGUGGAUGUGGAUAACACUGUUGUUAUUAAGCCUGGUGAUAUCUGGUACUCUCCGCUCAACAACUGCACUUAUUAUGAAUGCAACAAAACAAAUGAGCACUUUGUCACCAUGAGCAUAACUAAGGAAUGUUCAGUAAUCAGUGAGGAUGACUGCACACUGGGACAAGAGUAUAAAAAAGCUGAUAAUCAAUGCUGUGGCACAUGUGAGCAGGUGGCUUGUGUAGUGAAACUGAGUGAUGACUCCACGAAACUAGUGAAGCCUGAAGAAACAUGGACCCCACCCAAUGAGGUCUGCAUCUCUUACGAGUGCAACAUAAUUGAUGGCCAGUUUGUUCCUGUGACAGUGAAGAGAACUUGUCCGAUUGUCGAUUGUGAUGCUGGUUUUGAAUACAAAAUUAAAUCUGGAGAAUGUUGUGGAGAAUGUGUCAAGGUGGCCUGCUCAGUAAAGAUGGAUGACAAUUCAACUAUAACUUUACAGCCUGGCCAGAGUUAUACUCCACAAGAUGAUAAAUGUACUACCUACAAAUGCUCUGAUACAUACACUGUGGAAACAGUGAAAGAAAAAUGCCCAGACUUUGACCCAACACAGUGUUUGGAGGGUACCAUUAAAAUGUCAGAAAAUGGCUGCUGCAAGACCUGUGAAACUAAAGGAUGCCAGGUCCGUAAGCAAUCCACGCGCAUCAAAACCAAGUCCUGUGUAUCAAACCAGACUGUGGAACUUACCUACUGUGAGGGAAGAUGCAUGACUUCAUCAAUUUACUCAGCUGAUGCAAAUGCCAUGCAGCAUGCAUGUAGUUGUUGCCAGGAGAAGAAGACCAGCAAACGACAAAUAAACCUGACAUGCUCUGAUGGAACCAGCUCCCUUUACUCGUAUAUCUACGUCGAACAGUGUGGCUGCACCACUACUGAAUGUGAAAAGUAUACUCAGACUUCAACUGCAGGACAACAACAACAAAAAGUUGAAACUCUAAUUUCAACUGAUCAACAGCAACAACAACAACAGCAACAACAAGUUGAACCCCUAAUUUCAACUGAUCAACAGCAACAACAGCAACAACAACAGCAACAACAAGUUGAAACCCUAAUUUCAACUGAUCAACAGCAACAACAGCAACAACAGCAACAACAGCAACAAGAAAUAGUUGAAGAGGUUGUUAGUUUUACUGAGCAGACCCAGUUACUGAAAUAGAGUAGCUAACCGGGGCUACCAAAACAUGAACUGAUCAGAAACAUAAGCAACCCACAAAGAGAACUUCAGAAAUAAAAUUUAUUUUUCAAAAAAUUUUAGCAUCCUAUUUCUCUGGUUAACACACCCUACUAGCGAUGACAUGACUUUUUGCUUUCUUUUUGAUUGAACUCCUCUGUGAUCCUUCCAAUUGCCAUCCAGACUGCUACAUAUCAUGGAACUCUUUAUAAACUUAUAAAAAUGAUUGUUUUCAUCAGAUAUUUCCAGAAGAGGUUUUAUGGAUAAUCAAAAAAGCAGUGCUCAUUUUUACUUUUGCAUGCCUCCUAUAGAAGACCAUAACUUUAUUCACUCUCUUUUCCUUGGGUCAUACAUAUAGAGUUUCAAGAUGCAGUCCUUGAUAUGUAAAUAUUUGUAAUGAGCAAUGUUUUUCUUUUUCUUGUCUCUACUUAGAUAAGUAAUAUAAAUGUACCUGUCAAAUGAUUGUUGGCUAUUCCAAUUGUGCAUUAAUUCCUACUUUAGUCCAACAACAACAAUUGUACAGUGAGAACAUUCUGUACCAUCUGACCGAUGGUCCAGUCAAUGAACAUUUAACUCUAUAAAUUUAGGUCUUUUUAGAACUCCUUCAAAAGACUGGUGUGGAGGUCAGAGUUUAAAUAAAUAUUUCAAAAAUACUAUAUACAAAAAAGUAUAUAAAAUAGGAACGUCCAUCCCUCACACUGCCAUUAUUUUUAUGUAACAAAAUGAUUUUCCUCAUUAUGAUGCUGCUGCUUUCUUUACUUCUCGUUACAAAUCUUAGAUUGAACAUGGAUGUUUGUUACUUUAUUAUGCUUUCCGAUCCCCCUUUGUUAUUCUCAAAUUCUUUAGUAUGCUGUACUAUACCAUAUCUCUUUAGCAGAUUCUGUUUGUUAUAGUGCUUGCAGAUUAAACAUAAUAAUUGUAAUCCUUACCUAUAGUUCACCUAAGCAUAUUUAGGUAUAGUUGUCACUAAGUGGUUCUGUUUACAUAGAUUUAUUCAACCCCUGGUUGUUGAUCAACCAUUUUUGUAUGUAAUGGGUGAUCAUGAAGGAGCAUUUGCUAUUUUUUAAAUCUAUAUUUAAAGCAUAUUUCUAAAAAAAAUAUAUACAUAUUGAAAUUAAUAUUUUUCUACAAGAAGGCUAUAUUUUAGCUAUUUAUUUGUCCUUAGAAGUUCUGAUUUGUUUCUUAGAUAUUUACAAGGUGCCAUAAAGUCUAGAGGGUAAUGUGUUCUUAUCUCCAGAGCAUAGAAUGUGAUUUUAAAUAAAAAAAUCUUUAAGCAUUUAAAA